AUGUCGUUGGUGGAACAAACAGCGGAAAAGAAAAAUGAAAAACCUAUUCAGUGCAAGCACUGUCAGAGCGUAAUUCUACUAGCCAAUGUUGGAGUUUGGGUUGAUAAGACAUAUGAUAUUCCUUUUCCAACACAACAGAAAGGUGUUGAUACUAGAAAGGAAACUUUGAACGGAUUUUGGCACGUAAGGGAUAUGUAUGAUUUUGAAAACGUAGGAUUUACAAACGCUGUUGAUGGUUGCAAGUAUUUAACUUGUGCCGACUGUGAUUUUGGCCCAAUAGGCAUUGUUGAUCCUGGCUCCCGCCAGAAUCUGCUGACUCCUGAACGUAUCCAGUAUAAGGAUUAA